AUGCACAAACUAUCACAUUUACGAAGACGUGGAUUACCAGCUGAUGCAAUAGGUGAAAUUAGCGAAGACGAGGAAGAGCCUACCACUCGAAAAGAAGUCGAUUUAAGUGACGACGAAGACGAGUACCAUUCUGGUUUUGAAGCCAAUAGCAGCAGUGAUGAAGACUCAGAUAUCAACAGUGAAAAUUCACAAAGUGAUUUUGAGAACGAGGACAAGAACAGUUUAAACUUGAAACAUUCAAGUAAUCCUGUCGGCAGUAACAAUAAUGGUCAUAAUGAGGAGGCGUCAAACAAAACCAUUUUAACAAAAAACAGAAAAAAUUCCAAUUCAAACCUUCAAAACAAUUGCCUAGAUACCGAUGAAAUUCACAAAACCGAUUCAAACAUAGUUGAUGACGAAUCUGAACAUGAUAAUAAUCAUAAUCAAUCGACAAAAACCACACAAACAAGGCAAGAUUAUAGGAAAAAACUUGCAGAGGACCCAUCAUACGUUCCUAAAUUUGGAUACUUUUGGGGUCAUGAUGACCGAUUUGUCAAGGAAGAAGCUGAAAAUCUUCAAGAUAAUAAUAACAAAUUUAGAAAAUUCCCAUCAAGAAAUAAAGGAGGGUUCAAAAAUCCCCCAACAGAAAAUCAAUGGGGACAUGAUGGAUAUGAAGAAUUGAUACGCAAAUCGUCAUUGGACCACCAUAACACUAACAACCACCGUCCCAACAGCAGUAACCAAUAUCACAAUAAUAGUCGGCAUCACAAUAAUAACUACCAUUACGAUGAUAACUACCAUCACAAUAAUAACUACUAUUACGAUGACAAUUACUAUUAUGAUAAUAACUACCGUCACGAUAAUCAUCACAAUUAUAGUAAUAACUACCGUCACGAUAAUAACUACUAUCACCGUUACGAUAAUAAUCACCGUCAUAAUAAUAACUAUCGUCAUGCUAAUGGAAAUAAUUAUAAUCAUAAAAAUAAAAGCGCCUCAUACGAUGAAGAUUUUAACGAUGAUGAUGUAGUUAAGAAAAAAGAACCUUUACAAAAUGAUAUUUCACCUUUAAAGGACGAAGCGGUUGAGAAGAAAGACGCUAUAAAUGAAUUGGAAAUUGCAUCCAAUGAAGAAGAUGCUCCAGAAAUAACUACAUGUAUCCAUCAAGAAAAGGAAAUUGAUAAUGUUGAGCAAAAAGAAAUGAAAAAUACGAAUAUGAAAUCUAUCGAAUCAAAAAAUAACGCAAGUACCCAACCAGUUGAACCAUCUACUACCUCAACAGCAUCUUCAUCCAAAAGAUAUUCUUCAAGAAGGGUUGUUACCACAUUACCUCAAACUAACACCAAUUCAGAAGAUAAACCAGAUUCUCCAAAAUCUCCAACCGAAAAUAACACCAAUGAACCUCAACAUAAAUUGAGUGAACUUCCACAUACAGCUGUAUUCGCAAGACCUUUUAAACCAAAAUCGGCGAUAGUGAACGAAGAAAAGAUACAUUCACCUGAUGAAAAUAAUCUAAAUGUCGUCAAUAGCAAUUAUAUUCCACCUCAGCUCAACAAAGUAAUGUUACCAUAUUAUCCAAUAAAUAAUGUACCAUUCACACCAAUAGGUUUGGCAGACAAUAGUAUUAAAAGUGAUAACAAAACAAACUAUCAAAAUAUUCAAGAAAAUACAGGUUUAUACAAUUAUAAUCAGAGUUAUCAUUAA